AUGUCAUCAUCGACCGGUGAAGGCCUCGAGACGCCCAUCCUCUGCGAACCAUGUCUCGGACCCAACCCCUACAUCCGCAUGACAAAGGACCCACAAGGCAAGCUGUGCAAGGUGUGCACCCGCCCCUUCACCGUCUUUCGCUGGAACCCCGGUGCAGGCUCACGCUUCAAGAAGACCGAGAUCUGCUCCACGUGCGCCAAGAUUAAGAACGUCUGUCAGACGUGCAUCCUCGAUCUGCAGUACGGUCUGCCCGUGCAGGUGAGGGAUGCUGCGUUGGGGGUGAAAUCGGAUAGCGGACCGACAGGUUCGGACAAAGCCAAGAUGCUGUAUGCGGACACUAUGGAGAAGCAGUUGGAGGGUCAGGUGGGGAGUUCGAGUAGAGCGGGGCAGGAUUUGCUUAGGAAGGCAGCGAGGAGGGAGAUCGAGUACAAGAAGGAUCGACCGGUGUCGGACAAGCUGUGCUCGGCUUUCGCCAGGGGAAAAUGCGAAAGAGGAGACAAAUGUCCUUUCAGACACGAGCUGCCAGACCACGACCAGCUUUCAGCACAGCAACAGCCAGCGACAACCGCUCCCCAUACCAAUGGAUCAUCCUCCCCCGCACCACCACCACCAACACUUCAAAUCAAACCAUCCACACCAACCGGUCUCUCCGCACCCUCCGACCCCACCAUCCGCUCCCUCUUCAUCUCCCACCUACCCCCCUCCUCCUCCGAAUCGUCAAUACGUCAAUUCUUCCUGACCCUCACCCAACAACUCUCACCACACCACAUAAAAUCCAUCACCCUGGUACCGUCAUCCAACUGCGCCUUCGUCAAUUUUGAUACGAGAGAGCAUGCCGAGUUGGCGGCGAAGCAUUGCGCGUCCAAGAUGUGGCUUGAGGAUAGACAGGUGAGGUUGAUGUGGGGGAGAGGUCGGCCUGCUAAGAAGGUGGAGAAGGAGUAG